UCACAUAUGUCCAUAACUGUGUACGUAUGGGUAUUUUGUAUCAGUUUAGAAAGCAUAACGUAUGCAUGUAGUCGAGAGGGAUAACGUGUCUGUAUUGAUACCUACAGUCUAUAUGCAUAACGUCGUGUGUAUAGUUUACACAACCGUUCCAUAGCCAUGUUAGCCGUACAUUCCCAUGUUUCCUCCCCAAAAAUUGGGAAAUCUGAUCUAAUCCAAACCAUCAUGGAACCGAAGAACGAGGACAGGGUAACUACUGAGAAGGUCGACGAAUCAGCACAAUGGGCUGAAGGAAAUAAACGCGGAGAUGCUACUGGGCCAAACCCUUUGGCAGAAGAAAAUGAAAAACUGAAAAAAGAAAUUGAAAAACUAAAACAAGAAAAUGAAAUGCUAAAAAAAGUAAAGAGUAGAACAAACGAAGUUAAACCAGGUUCACUACCCGGUAUAAUACCAUUAACAAAGCGAUGUGGUAGGAUGGCCAAAGAAGACCGAAGGAAGUUUAUUGACCACAUGUCGUUUCUUAUUGAAGAAUUACACCCAAAAGAUCUAAUUGCCAUGAUGUUUUCAAAGUUUCUUAUUAACGAAGACGAAGAAGAAAUACUUAACAUAAUACUGGAGAAUCAGGGCAGAAAAAGGUGUGCCGAAAAAAUGCUAGUCAUGUUAUUGAGGUGUGGCAGAUAUGCGUACACAAUUUUCCUGAAAUGUUUAGAACUAACGGGUUAUAGAAAUGUUAUCAAGAAACUAGAACCCAACUGUGAAAUAUUUGAGGGCAACAUUAAAUACCCUGGUCAACAGUAUCAUGAAUUGAUCACAAACGAUCAUCCAAAUCGUGAAGCGUUUAUCAGAAAGAUAGAAGGGGAAUUAGAAGAAAUAUACGAUGAAACAGAAUUAGUAGUUAUUACAACAUUGACUAAGGGCUGUGUUCAGGUCACGUUCCAUCUGAUAUCACUGGGUUCAAAGAGUGAAAAUGAACUUCGUGAAAUUCUAGAACAAAAGGUGAAGUCUGGAUAUAUUGGUGAAAAUAAAGUAUCAACAGAGGGAUUUUCAUUUAAGAAAAUUGAAGGUGGGAAUGGCGAGGAAACGGUUACUGACAGAAGUGUGGUUCAAGAUUCGCAACUCGUAACCCAGGAAAACUUUAAUAAACUAAAAGAAAAGAUUGAUGAAUUGGAGGGGUUUAAUAUGAGAUUGCUACAACACAUUGCUGAAUUAGAAACAGAACUUGAAGAAGGUGAUGCUGUAGAUGUCCAACCUGGCAUACCUAAUUAUGAUAAAACAGAUGCUACAGGUUAUAGCAGCAGGCUAAGUGAAGCUACAGCUGCACCUGUACAUGAGGAACCAAUGAUGUCGGUAGAAAACUUUGAUACUGAAGAAUAUGAUAUGAAUCAUGUAAAGCGUGGAAUGGCUAUUAUAAUUAAUAAUAGAUAUUUUGAACACAUGGUUGAACGAACAGGAACAGAUAAAGAUGUCAAAUCAUUGACUCGGAUCUUUCAAAAACUUGGUUUUUAUGUGGAAUGUUUUCAAGAUUUACCAAGGGCUCGAAUGAAGAGUGUUUUAACAAGAGCUGCAUCAGAAGACCAUAGCGAUUCAGAUUGUUUCGUGUGUGCUAUAUUAUCACAUGGUGAAGAAGAAAGUGUAUUUGGUAUAGAUGGCCCAAUAGAAAUAAAAGAAUUGUUAGCUCCAUUUAAAGGUGAUAAUUGUAGAAGUUUGACUGGUAAACCUAAAAUAUUCUUCAUUGAGGCUGGUUUUGGUUUUAAGUUAGAUGAUGGUGCAAUAAGAAAAGAUGGCGGUGUAGAAGUUCAAGAUAAAAACACACAGAUAAUUCCUACUGAAGCUGACUUUUUAAUUGUUAAUGCUGCUGUACCAGGAUUUUUGUCAUGGAGAAAUAUUGGUACCGGUUCUUGGUUUGUACAAGCUUUAUGUGAAGUCUUUCAAAAAUAUGGCACAAAGCUUGAACUUCUGUCUAUGAUGACGAUGGUUAAUAAAAUGGUAGGUUACCAUUUUGAAUCGAAGAUCAGGCAGGAGAAUAUUCCAAGAAUAAUACAAAUGCCUUAUAUUGUAUCAAUGUUAACAAAAAAUGUUUAUUUUAGACCUAAAGCCCGUUAAUAUGUAUGUACAUUUCAUUUUCCACUUUCACCUAAUACGAUAUUCAAAAUAAUUACAGUCUAGCCUAAUUACUGCUAUAACCGAACUACUUUUCUUAAAACUGGAUGGUUGCGAUAGUAACCACCUACAUGUAAUAUCUAGAUUUUCAAGAAAUACUGAUUGAAGUUUUUUGUGGAACAUAUUUUUACUGUGAUUUUUAGAGGGUUCUGCCUUCAUCUGUGAUAUAUUCUUUCAAAUGUAAUGGGCUCAAUUUAAUAUUGCAUGCAUGUUGUAUGAAUAGUUGUUAUUAGUAAUUUUGUUGUAAAUUUAAAAUAAUUAAUCGAUUUAUUUCUGAAAUAACACCAAGAAAGAACAUAAUUACUAAUUAUAUCCAGUUAUUUCUGUUUUAUUUUUGUUUAUUAAGAAAAUUAAAAUUUAAUAUCCUA